AUGACCUCUACACCGAUGCAGAAUGGCGAUCCCGUUUCAACCGACCGCAUCGCCCAGCUACUGCUUCAGAACAUGGGUCAGCUCGGCGAGCUCGCAAAGCAAGGCAAGCUCAAUGCAGCGCAAGUCAGGCAGUUGAGAGAAUAUGCGGACAAGCAUAAAGCCAGUAUCAGUCCCAAUACGACGAGUGGCGCAGCCGCUGCAGCAUCGGCCCCUUUGCAGGCCACAAACACCAACACUACCGCUGCCCCUUCUCCGUUAAAGACAAUGAACCCGAGCCCGUUCUUGAGCGCUACUCCUUCAAACGAGUCCACCUACCCUAUCAGUUCGACGCCCAGCAUCACCAAUCCAGGUCCUGUGGCUUGGCAAUCAGCUCAGCAAGGCCGACCCACUUUGACGGGUGGCAUCCCAGGUGGCAGGGUGCCCGGAACGCCGGCACAGGUCGCGAGGCCACCUGAUGAUGCAUCGCUCUUGCUGGACGACAGUCGCACGCGGAGGAAGACUACUCCAGGCGACCAGAGUAUGCGGAGAUCGAUACAAGACUUGGUAUCGAGUAUUGAUCCCAACGUCAAGAUUGAGCCUGAGGUGGAAGAUCUCUUAUUGGACAUUGCCGACGAAUUCAUUGACUCUGUGACAAACUUUGGUUGCCGUCUUGCGAAACAUCGCGGUGGCGACACACUCGAGGUCAAGGACCUCCAGCUGCAUCUGGAACGGAACCACAACAUCCGAAUUCCUGGUUUCGCGUCCGACGAAACACGGAUAUCCCUUUCCCAGACUGCUCCUGCGCCUGCGGCCCCUGCGGCACCCAGCACCAAGAAGGGUGCGCAGACCACUAACAUGACCCUGCGAAGCCACCGGCUCGCACAAGUGCAACUGGCAAAAAAGGAGGCGAAGUUGAUGUGA